AUGUAUCCGUUCGCUUUCCGUCCAUUGAAGGUCUGCGAGUACCUAAUGACGGCGAAGCUUUGCCGUCUCGUCCGUCCAUCUCAUCCCCAUGUGCCCCUGCCGUUCUUCCCUGAAGACUCAAACCCCUUCAUAUGGACGGAAAAAUUGCAGCCCAUGUACCUAGUCAUCCCUAAUCGAGCUAUCGCCGUGUCAUUCAUGGUGGAUAUCCUUCCAACGCCGAGAAGCUUGCCCCCCCUGCUCCGCAUCGGCGCAUAUCCCCUCCCCGAACAUCAAUGGGCUCGCUCCAACACCUCUCUCACCGCGGAAGAUCUGAUAUAA